AUGUCCAGCUCGAGCGCGUCUUCCAUAACCGGCAAGGCCCUGACCGGCUCGCACGUCCUCAAGAUCGACGGCUACUCACGCACCACGGGGAUCGGCACCGGCAAUUGCGUCAAAUCCAGGCCGUUCACCGCCGGAGGCCACAAGUGGUGCCUGGAGUACUACCCGGACGGCUACAACUCAACCUACGGCUCCAACUGGAUAUCCAUCCCGUCUCCGUCUGGCCGAGGCUGGCCAAGUCAGAGCGCUUUCAUCAAGAACGAGGAUCUGCUCAAGUCGGCGUACCUCAAGGACGACUCUUUCAGCAUCAGGUGCGAUAUCACCGUGGUGACGGAGAUCGUCGCCGAGGACGUCGUCGUGGCCGCUCCUGCCACUGUUGCAGCAGGAGUUCUUCGUAUCAAGGAAGAGACACUUGAGCUGAUACAGCACGACAUAUCUAUAUGGGAGAAGGUUCAGGUUACUGUUCUCACGGAGGAGGAGGACUCGAUUCGAUGGAGGUUCAAUGCCGGGGGCUGUUACACUGCCAAGACUGCCUAUGAGGCGCAAUUCUUGGGAAGAACUAUCAAGCCGGCUCUCAACUCAGUUUGGAUCAUCAGAUGUUAUAGAGACAGCGUGGCACUUGGUGCUGGAUUGCGCCUUCUCCAAGGAGGUCUGGGCGUCUUUCUCGAGAGAGAGGCCGAGGUUGGUUAG